AUGGGCGGGAGGCGAGUGUAGCGGGGGGAGGGCCUGCGACUGAGGAGAGCGCAGGGCUCCCUCAAGCUCCCGGCGGAGCCUGAGCCGGCGCUCGCCGCAUCGGCGCUUAUUGGCCGCAGGGGCCGCGCCGAGAUGCGGUGGCAUCCUGGUGUGGUCCCGCGGGGCGCGGACGGGAUGCCCCAGGCUAGUGUCUUGGUGCGCUGGAUGCUGCAUGGGACUGAAGAAAUGAUGGAAGGAAAGAGUAGUCUCUGUGUCCCUGAAGAAGAAAAUACAGCCCCUUCGGUAGAAGCAGAAAAUAUAACUGAGGUGGAAAUUAAGCAAGACAAGGGAGAUAGUAGCCAUGCAGAGAAUACAGAAAAUUGCCCUGAUAUGUACAGAUAUAUCAAAGGAGAUUUGUUUACAUCGGAGAUUUAUAAAGUAGAAAUUCAGAACCUUCCAAAAUAUAUUGGCUUUAAUGAUGUAAAGAAAUUUCUUGCCAAAUAUGGACUUAACCCUCAUAAGAUAAAACUUUUUGGGAAACAAACUUUUGCAUUUGUGACAUUUAAAAGUGAGGAGGAAAGGGACAAAGCUAUGAAAGUCCUUCAUGGAGUCAUGUGGAAGAGCCGAUAUUUGAGUGUUAGGCUUGCAAAGCCUAAAGCUGAUCCCAUUGUAAAAAAGAGAAAGAAAGAAGGGGAGGAUACUGAACAGAAAGAAGCAAAGCGUCCAGCUUUAGCAAAAGACAGUGAAGAGGAACCUCUCAGUAAACAGAUAGCAGAUGUGGUGACCCCUUUGUGGAAUAUACCAUAUGAAGAACAGCUGACAAAGAAGAAGCAAGAGUGUGAACAAGUGCUGCAGAAACUGACAAAGGAAAUAGGAAACAACAACAAAGCCCUGUUACCUUGGUUGUUUGUACAGAAGCAGAAGUAUAAUAAAAUCUGUUGCCCAGUAGAGGGAGUGAAAGCAUCACCAUUACAGACUGAAUACCGCAACAAAUGUGAAUUUUUGAUUGGAAUGAGUUUAAAUCAAGAAGACAAAACUGUGGGUUGUCGCCUUGGCAAAUACAAGGGUGGAAGCUGUGCUGUAGUGGAACCAUUUGACACUAUUCACAUUCCUGCUGUUGCCAAAAAGGUAGUGAAGGCUUUUCAAGACUACAUAAGGUCAACCCCUUACUCUGUGUACAGCCUAGAAACCUACGAAGGUCACUGGAAACAACUCACAGUCCGCACCAACAAAAAUGGUCAUAUCAUGGCAAUUGUUUAUUUUAAUCCUCAGAAAUUAAGUAAAGAAGAGCUUGUUGACCUGAGAAUCUCACUGGCAAAGUACUUUACAGAAGAAACUGGAAAGGACAGUGGGGUAACCUCUCUUUACUUUGUAGAGGAAGGGCAGAGAAAAUCACCCAAUCGUGAAGACUUGCCCUUACAACAUUUGGCUGGUGAUAAGUACAUAUAUGAAGAGCUUCUUGGUCUAAAGUUUAGAAUUUCCCCCCAUGCAUUUUUCCAAGUAAUGUUGGUAAAUACACAGGCUGCAGAGGUUCUAUAUAAAGCCAUUAGAGACUGGGCCCAACUGAACCAAGAUAGCACUGUACUUGAUAUCUGCUGUGGAACAGGAACAAUUGGAAUUUCACUGGCAAAGAAAGUGAAGAAAGUUAUUGGUAUCGAACUCUGUCAAGAAGCUGUGGAGGAUGCCAAAGUGAAUGCCCAAAUUAAUGAUUUGAAUAACAUUGAAUUUCACUGUGGAAAGGCUGAAGACGUUGUUCCUUCUUUAAUUAACUUAUUAGCAUCACACAACCUGAUUACAAUUGUAGAUCCACCUCGGGCAGGACUACAUUCUAAAGUCAUUCUUGCAAUCCGAAGAGCUGAACACUUGAAGAAGCUCAUCUAUGUAUCCUGCAAUCCCAGAGCUGCCAUGAACAACUUUGUGGAUCUUUGUCGGGCCCCCUCCAAUCGUGUCAAAGGAACCCCUUUCCGUCCAGUUAAAGCAAUGGCAGUGGAUCUUUUCCCUCAGACUAUGCACUGUGAGCUGCUGAUAUUCUUUGAAAGGGUAGAACAUUCAAAUGGAAACUCUACUGAAGCAAGCCCUGACACAGCUCAGGUCAUGAAUACAAAUACAACAGAUUCUACCCAGGAUGGCAGUAUUGACCCACUUGAAGAGAAAGUAGGAACUCUGUCUUCUACCUAAUGUUGUGGUAGGCUGGGCAGUUUGUUUGCGCACGUAUGUGCAUAUAUAUUUUAUACACUCAGGCAACCAUCUUAACCUAUUGAUUUCCUUCUAAGAGGCAGAAGUUACUUUUGCUAGUUAAAGAAUGUUGCAGUUUGAGGCAUCAGCAGAAACACCAUACAAGUUAACCUCUGUACAACAUCCUAAUUACCUGACUUCCAAGUGAUGAAGGCUUUCAGUUAAGUAUACUGACAGCAGCAUUUUUCAACUCCGUGAAGGAAGAUUAGUUUAACUUUAAGAUGCUUAAAACAAUCCAAUUCCUACAAGGAAAAUAACCUUAUUACAGACAACUUGGAUCAAAACCUGCUAUUUUCACUCAUGCACACUUAUAUUGAAGGUAUUGGGACAUCUUUCAGGAGUAAGGCCAGCAUGACUUGACCUAAAUAUUCUGCACGUUCUUCAUAAAAUACUAUCCAGGUAUGUUACUAGGAUUCAGAUAUGUGGAUUCCCUCCAAAAGUUGACUGACUGUAGGAUUUUUUUUAUGCCCAAGAAAUUUCUUUGUUUGAAGAUGAGUGAUAAAUAGCUGAGAGAGAACAUCACUUAAUAGCCAUCUGGCAGAUGGGCAAUUCUGUUGAACAGUAGACUUUUGCCUUGCAGACCACUUUAAAUAAAUUUGAUUUUUAAAAGCAUUGUUGAAAUUUUCCUUAGCUGGGAUGUUGGUUUGCAUUGAAAAGUGGUUUGAGUUGGCAGUUGCAGGUUUAUAAUAAAUUAUUUGCAUUAAAGCAAGCCUGAUUUUUAGUUACUAUUGUAAAAAGACUUUCCUGCUGCCCUGGUAUGUAGACUAAUUCUUUACUGUGGGGAGAGAGAUUCUAAACUCCCUCUUCAACUUGCUUGUAAUCUGAAAAAUACAUGAAGCUUACAUACUCCUGGUAGAAAAUGGACCUCUGUUUUGUGGUUCUGGUGGAGACAAUGGGUUGCCCCCUUCAGUGGAAGGAUCAAUCACCCUCCUUAAGUGUGACUGUUCUGAGUUAAACUGGAGCUAUGGGCCAAACUGAUGAUCUGAUGUUUGAGAUCCAAUACAACUUCUAAGGGAGAGAGUUUUUCUUGUUCUGUAAUAAAGCGAAAAGAGGACUGUAUUCAGUGCUACCCCCUCCUAUUUCAAAAGAGGAAAGAUUCAGAACAAAACAAAUGCACACAAAAAUACUCUAUUCCAGAGAUGGAGGAGGAAGCUAACAGAACAGAGUUAACUUCCACAGCAGAUUAAUUCAUAUAGGGGUAUAAGGUUAGGUUAGGACUGAAACUGUGGACCUUACCAUGGUUAACUAUUCCUCUAGCACCUUCAGCCCAGAGUGCUGUAAUGUGAGCUUUCUUAGGCAUAUGCAAUCUACACAGAAGUUUUAUCUGACUCAGAGCAUAGCUAACAGCUGAGGAAAUUCUGUGCAAGGCAGAAUUUGUGCAGAAUUCCAUUUUUUCCCCCCUGCAGAAUUGGCAGUGCAGGGCUGCUGCUAGGAGCUGUGGAACCCAGCAGAGCCCAGCUCGCAGAGUGGCUGCAUGGGAAGACUGGUUCCUGGGUUUGCUGGUCCUGCUCAGUCAUGUGAUGUGGCUGGGCCCUCUCCUUGCAUGGCAGCUGCUGGAGCCAGCAAGCUGCAUCCUGCAGGGAGAGGCAGGAUGGGAUUCCUGCUUUCCAGGAGGGGCAGAAACUUUUAAAAUUGUGGGGGCCCUCCCCCCAGCAGCAGGUACAGGUCAUCUCUGCUUGGCAGGACAGUAAUAGCUAUACAGAGCCUGUGGCUGGGCUUGCGGGGGGAGAAGGAUGCAGGUUGCUGGGUACAGGCCCCUCCAGUAACCCUAAAUAUCCUUUCCCAGUAUACAUGCACCCGUCCAGUUCCCCCUCACAUUAUCUUCUAUUUGGGAACUUGAAAUAUGGUAACUCUAGGGGUUCAAGGUGAAAAAACCUCCUAAGAAUUGACUACAAGACUGGAGGGGCAGGCUCCUUCCUCCCCUCCUCCCGAUAUGCACAGCUGGGACAUGUGACACACCCAGACUAAGGGACAUGACAAAAGCAUAACAGGAAGUGGCUUGUGGUAGGCGUUUCUUUAACUCUCUACUCCCAGGGGAAUCAUUUUUGUCAUCUGUAUUGUUAGACGUACUUGGACAAGUAUUUUGAAAUAAAUUACUAAAAUAAUUGAAA